AUGGCACUACUACCGGAAUGUCUUAGCUCACCGGCGCCAGGGGCUACCCUGAGCCGCCAUUUCGACGACGACGACGACGACGACCACAACCACGGACUGCAACUUCCUCCCAGCCCAAACCUCGUCCGCUCACUACACCUACACAGUACUCCGUUCUCGCGGGAUUCAAUCCGCGGGUUGCCCAGUGUAACGACGACAUCGCCGCUUGCAGCAAACUUCACCUCAUCGACGGAACGACACUCUGCUAUCUUCCUUGAACCCACCAUCAUCCAACUUCAACCACCUCAGAAUAGCGAGAACAUGUCACCAUCAAGUAACAUCAUCUCGUCGAUAACACCGUACCGUCAUCCGGAGAUUCGCCGCCAUCGCCGGAUCUCCAUUUUUGUUCGUCUCCCAUGGCCGGAAUAG